AUGGGAGCUUUGCUCGAUAGAUUACGUGGUCGUCCACGUAUUCAACCUGUGCGCAUCCGAGAAGUAUGGAACUCAUGUAUUGUAUCUCAACAGGAGUAUUUCCAUAAAGUAUUGCUCAAUGUAAUCCGUAGAAAUGAAGGAAUGCGCGAUAUAUUCAUGGCCAGUAGAUCACAUGCUCAGAAUGAUGAGGAAAGAGAUUUCGUAUUGGGCCAAUUAGCAAAUAGAAUAACAGGCUGGUUUGGAUGUCUAAUUAUGGAGGAUGUUAUCUCGAACAUUUCUGAGUUUAGACAUUCAUGUUAUACAAUGGGUCAGCAACAUGCUGCUUAUUCGAAAGAACCCUUUAAGAUUGUUUAUUGGGAUGAGUUUAUGGUAGCUAUGAUUGAAGAAUUGGAGGAGAUUGGAGGUGUGUCGAAGGAAGAUCUCAAAGCAUGGCAGACAUUCCUUCAUAUCAUUUGUGAGCACAUCCUAUCAGGAUAUCAAGAAGCUCGAGCAACAAUGAGAACUGUAUGA